CGUAGCCAUUAGCCAUCAGCCAUACACAACACUCAGCUGACGCGAGCUACAUCGCUGCUGUGUUCGGGGGCCUGCUUUCACAGCGCGCAUCUUUGUGUUGUGGUGUGGGUGACGAUGUUUGCGCGUCCAUGCAAAGUCUAGCGACGAACCUCAACAAUAUCAGCGAGGGAGUAAAGCAAGGCGUCGGCGGACUCAUGAAUCUAGCCGCGGAAGGGGGUGAACACACCCCAUACAUUAACUACGUGAAUUUCAACCAAGACGGCACGGCGCUCUCGGUUGGAACACACACGGGUUACAAGUUUUUCUCCCUAGGAAAUGUGGACAAGCUUGAACAGAUAUAUGAAAAUGAAGAGGAAGGCAUGGCCCUGGUCGAGCGCCUCUUCCUGUCCAGCCUGGUGUCCCUCGUCAGCACGGCGUCCCUGCGGAAGCUCAAGAUGUGCCACUUCAAGAAGGAGUCUGAGAUCUGCAAUUACUCCUACAGCAAUAGCAUCCUGGCCGUGCGACUCAACCGGGCGCGCCUUGUUGUGUGCCUCGAGGAGAGCCUCUACAUACACAACAUUCGGGACAUGAAGGUGCUGCACACAAUUCGCGAGACUCCGCCCAAUCCGGACGGCCUGUGCGCCCUGUCGCCCUCCAGUGACAACUGCUACCUGGCGUACCCAGGAUCUGACAAGAUUGGCGAGGUCCAGAUCUUUGAUGCCCUCAACCUGCAAGCCAAGGUGAUGAUCCCGGCGCAUGACAGCAAACUGGCAGCCCUAGCUUUCAACUCCGUGGGGACGCUUAUCGCUACGGCUUCGGAAAAGGGCACGGUCAUACGAGUUUUCGGUGUUGCGGACGGACAGAAGUUGUACGAGUUCCGGAGGGGCAUGAAGCGGUGUGCGAACAUCUAUUCGUUGGCGUUCAGCUCCGACUCGCUGUUCCUGGCCUCGUCAAGCAACUUUGAGACAGUGCAUAUCUUCAAGCUCGAGGACCCGGAGUCCAACCGGGUGGCGGAGGAUCCCAACACCUGGUUUGGCUACCUGGGCAAGGCCAUCGUGCAGGGCGCCUCCUACCUGCCCACGCAGGUCACCGACGUGUUCAACCAGGGCCGGUCGUUCGCCACGGUCCACCUUCCGUUCCAGUCGGUGCGCACAGUCUGCUGCCUCAGCACAAUUCAGAAGAUACCAAGGGUACUCGUGGCCACUGCCGAUGGCUACUUGUAUGUCUACAACUUGGAUCCUGUCGAGGGUGGCGACUGUUCCCUGUACUCGCAGCACCGGCUGGACGGUCAACCCAACACGACAACCACACCAUCGCAGUCUGGCGAUGCAGGUUCGGACCAAACCACGGCGCAGGGAGCGGCAUCUCAACCAACUCCAGCAGCACGCAAGCUGGACUCGCAGGGAUUGUCGAGCUACGCUGCUGUAGUGCGAGGUUAUCAGGACCAAACUCCGGCAGAUGCUGCUGGAAUGGUCUCUUUGUCGCCUCCGACCAACGCCGCGUUGCGCCUCACCGAUGACUCCGAGUUUCCGCCAGUGUCACAGAAGUGCAAUUGAGGUGCCCUCUGCUGCUACCCUUGCGCCAAGAUUCAUCUAGCGACAAGUGAAGAGAAACUGAAGUGAAAGAAGAUGCGGCAAUGGUCACCGGCGGCACCAUAGUACCGGCUCGAUUCGGACACACCAGGGCACUGUGCAUGACUCCACCGACAGCUUGUGCACCGUUGUUUUCGUCAUCUCCAGUUCUGUGCAGAAGAGCGUGCGCAAGUGGCAGUGGGGGCCCUCAGCACUAUUCGGUGAUUGAGUCACCAACUCCGUCGGAGAUUUCAGUAGUCCUUUCGCAAGCGAUUGUUAGGAACUUACUAACUUCUGCAGCCUAAAGAGGCGUCAUCUGCUGGACCCCAGUCGCAGAGGACGAGCGUUCUAAAGGACGGCAAAAGGACGAAGCAUCUUUGUUAUUUCGAGUAUUCUUGUGUUGUUCUUGCUCCAGCUGACAGGGAUCAAGUUUUGCUGGACCUUUUUUUGUUUUUUUUCCUCAUUCUAUAUGAAGUGAGUGUGUGGUGUACACAUGCGUGUGUGCGUGCGUGUGAAAGCCAGAGAUGACUUGGAUCCAACGUUUGAGACGCUGUGGUCGUAGCACCUUUUAGCCUUUGUGUGCAAAAUGAGUGUGAAACCAUUAAGAGGAGUCAAAAAGAAAAAGAAAGUGAAUCGGCACCAGGACGUCAUACCUGUGGUUAGGUUCAAGUGUAAUGUGUGUUUUAUGUCUGUGCAAAUGCAGAGUUUUUUGAGAUUUACACUCCUCAGCGCUGCUUUUGCUCGAUUCUGAAGCUGUACAUACGGUGGGCCAAAACGUCUUUUUGUAUCUUGUUAAGCCUGUAAGUACAUCUUCGGUCAGUGUUGGCAGACGAAAAAAAACAAUAAAACAGUCGAAAAUUUUUAA